CGCGCCUACGCAGGAGAAGUGCACGCCUUCUCACUCGCCAGCCUCACGCUGAACUGAAAUCAUCUCAACUGUCAAUAAUUAUGACUUUGCAGCCCUCGCUUAGGACCAUUUUGACUUUUUAGGUUCAGACAUGGAGGCCGUGAGCGCGUGGAGUCCCCAGCAAGUUGUGGACUGGAUGAAAGGUCUGGACGACAGCCUGCAGCAGUACCUCCCGGCCUUCAGGUGGCAGCAGGUGGAUGGCGAGAAGCUUUUGAAGAUGACACACCAGGAACUGAGUGCGCUGGGCGUGCUCAGGGUGGGCCAUCAGGAGCUCAUGAUGGAGGCUGUCGACCUGCUCUGUGCGUUGAACAACGGCGUGGAGUCGGACAAACUGAAAACGCUGGUGGGCAGGAUGAGGCUGGCCUACCGCGACCUGAGCGGCGCCGUGUCGCAGCGUCGGAAGAACCCCGCCUAUCACAGCAGCGGCGCCCACCGGCCCUCCAAUGACUUCCUUACUGCCGUGGUGGAGCUCAUCGCCGCCGCCAAGAGUCUGCUGGCCUGGAUUGACAGGACUCCCCCGACGAGCGCCACUGACUUCACAUCCACAAAAAGUACCAUCGUUCAACUGUGUCUGGAGCUCACCUCUACCGUCCAAAAGGAUUUCACCGUUUAUGAGAUGGAAGAGAAAAGCCUAGAAGUGUCUCAAGCUCUCAACAGCCUCUGUGAGAAGAUGGCCCAGGUGACCUCCGACUCGUCUAAGAAUGACCAGUCGUGUGUGGAAGAAGUUAACAUCUCCAACAUCAAGCCGGGAGAAGGCCUGGGAAUCUACAUCAAGUCCACCUACGACGGCCUCCACAUCGUCACCGGAACCACUGAGAACUCCCCAGCAGACAAGACCAAGAGGAUCCACGCUGGCGACGAGGUGAUCGGAGUGAACGAGCAGACAGUGGUGGGCUGGCAGCUCAAGCACCUGGUGGCCAAGUUGAGGGCGGAGUCUGGCAACGUGCUUCUGGUGGUGAAGAAGAGGCCGUCGGGAACCACCGGUGCUUUUUCUCCCGCACCGCUCAAAAACGUGUGCUGGAGGCCCCCCCUUGUUCAGACAUCCUCGGGCCUUCCCAGGUGGCAUCAUCCUUCGGAAACCACCACCGGUGGCGGCAAGUCUCCCAUCUUGGAUCUGUACAUCCCCCCUCCACCCGGUGCCUCGUACUCGCCUGUUGAGGUCAUCCCAAGCGCCGAGGCACAGCCGUGGUCUCCUACCUCAUGUCUGGAUGUUGACGUGUGCGGCGCCACCAGAACCGCCAUCAACAACGCUCUUCAAGACCAGCUGCCCAGCUUGGUCCCGCUGCCGGUUCCGGUCCCGGUCCCGGUCCGACUCCGACAGCGCCACAGUGCACGCGGUAAACCUCGACCCGUGUCCAUGCCUGCCGAGGUCCUCUCAGGCGUGUCUCAGCGCGGCGCUCCAGGAUGGAAAGGACCCAGCCGUCUUCAGCGUUACCUGAGCAACGAAGGCAUCGGCAGCAUCACAGAGGAGGCGGAGCAUAAAGUGGAGGAAGAACAUUGCUUCCCGGUGCCGUACCGCCGGCACCCAUCCGUCCGUGGCGUGGACCACAUCCGGGGCAGCCGCUGCUUUAUCAGCACUGACCUGCACACCAGCACCACCAUCCCUUACCAGGAAGUGGCGCCCAAGAAGGAGGCCCCCGCGAAGGCCAGCACCAGCACCGCCGUCGCUUCUUCACCCUCCGGCAAACAGUCGACGUCAGUGCUCGCAGGCUGGCUGGCUCGCCUCAGGCUCCUCAGCCACUGACAAACUGACAGGUUUUGAUUGACAAUUCAAACAGCUAAGUGGUUUGCAAAGCGCACGUGGGCCUCACAGCCUGCAGCCUUCAAGUCAUUUUAAUCGCUUUUGAAUUGCGACAUUGACCCCCCGACCCCUCAAGUUAACGGUUGCACCACUUGGCCAACAGUUGACGUGUUCGUCGUCUGAAAUUGUUCGUGUUUUUGAAAAUGUGCAAUAACUCACAAUACACUGGUGCAUUACUCAUUUAUUUCAUCGUGUUUAACGUUGAUGUCACAGCAGCAUCUUAGUACAUUUCUGCUUUGCGGCUCCUUCAACAUGUGGAAGGUAUUAUAAAUAAAGCCAACUCAACAUGUAAA